AUGUCUUCGAACGUAGGCCUCUCCACCCCACGAGGCAGUGGUACAUCCGGCUACGUCCAACGAAACAGCGCCUUCAUCAAACCGCGCGCCCAAGGAUACGGCGCGCCCUACCCCACCCCAGGCUCCAAAGGACCCUCCUUCAAACAGCGUCUCCCAGACAAGCAGAUCCUGGAACAUGACCGGCGCCGCGCCAUCGAAGUCCGCGUCAUGGAAGAGCGCGAGCGACUGGAAGAAGAAAAUGAGCGGAUCGAAGAGGCGCAGAGCAAGGACAAAAAAGAAGAAGGGGAAGGACGUUGA